GUUUCAGUUGACGGCAAAAGAAGUUUGCAAAUUUGCUAUGAAUUCCAAUCGUCGUACAAUGAGCGCAACUGGCGCUCCAUACUUUAUCCGGCCGAGUGCAGGUGCGCACGCGCACAAAGCGAUAACAUCCUCGAAAUGACAUGGCUAGGACGUAGGCACGCCCCGGCACGCGCACCCCUAUUAACUAUGCAUUGAGCUUGUUUACGUUUGUGGAUGGCUGGCAGUCUGUGCCGCAUCUCGUGUUAUUCACGAAGGCACUGCUGGAAGUAACUUGCUAACUGUACACUGUAUGUUCAGACAGGGAACAGGACGAGACCGGGCCACCUGGAAGUGCAAGCAACUUCAGGUUGACAUUUUUGUGACACGAUAAGCAUUUGUCAAAAUGUCUGGCGAUAACGGAGCAACCUCCCUGGUGAUAGACAACGGCUCUGGUACCAUCAAGGCCGGUUUGGCUGGAGAUGAAGAGCCGAAGGUUGUGUUCCGCACCGUCGUCGGGAAACCUCGCGAUUCUACGCUGCAGUAUGCACAGACACAUGUACUUGACCUAAAGGACACGUACUUCGGCGCUGAAGCUUUGCUGAAGAGAGGUAUCCUGACCCUUAAGCACCCCAUUGAGCACGGUAUCGUCACUAACUGGGACGAUAUGGAGAAGACCUGGCAUCACACCUUCUUCAACGAGUUGCGUGUGGCACCAGAAGAGCACCCUGUGCUGCUGACUGAAGCUCCCCUGAACCCCAAGGCCAACAGGGAAAAGAUGGCGCAGAUCAUGUUUGAGACCUUCAAAGCGCCUGCCAUCUACGUGGCCAUGCAGCCUGUGUUGUCCCUCUACGCCUCCGGUCGAACCACCGGACUCGUGUGCGAGUCGGGCUACCGCGCUUCGCACGCCGUGCCCGUCCGCGACGGCUACGCGGUGACCGACGCCAUUCUCAGUGUCGACUACGGCGGUUUCAAUCUGACGUCGUGCCUACUGAAGAUCCUUACGGAGAGUGGUUUUAACUUGAAUACAUGGUUGGAUUUAGACGUAAUCAGCGGCUACAUCGAGAGGUCGUGCUACGUGGCGCUUGACUUCGACCAGGAGAUGCAGAAAGAAAUGCCCGACGUGUCCCCGGAGCACAGCUACGAGCUCAUUAACGGAGAGGUCAUCACCCUGCGCAAUGAGCGGUUCCGUUGCCCGGAGGCUCUCUUCCAGCCGGCGUUCCUGCCCUACGGGGAUUCCCAGCCCGGACUCCACCAGCUCGCGCACGACAGCAUUGAGAAGUGCGGGGCGGAGCACGCCAAGGACCUGUACGCUGCCGUGGUUCUUGCUGGCGGCUCCACCCUGUUCACCGGCUUCGCCGAAAGGCUGGAAAAGGAGUUGACCAUCAUGUUUGAGACCUUCAAAGCGCCUGCCAUCUACGCGGCCAUGCAGCCUGUGUUGUCACUCUACGCCUCAGGUCGAACUACGGGACUCGUGUGCGAGUCGGGUCACGGCGCUUCGCACGCGGUGCCCGUCUGCGACGGCUACGCGGUGACCGACGCCAUUCUCAGUGUGGACUACAGCGGCUAUGAUCUGACGUGGUACCUAACGAAGAUCCUUAUGGAAAGCGGAUACAAUUUCAACACGCGGUGUAAGUUUUUACACCACCUUCUCAGGCAAAAUCUCAGCUGA